AACAGAUAGAGCGGAAAGGCAACCUGUCAUUUACGACAAAGCGGCGACAAGGGCAGAGAAAUCGUCCUCAAACCUUCAUCCGUCAGAAUGGACUACAGCACAGAGCUCAAUACCCGGCCCCGGCCGCCAGCGUCCUCAUUCACAUAUUUCUGGCUCAUCUUCGCCUUGUCGCAAGCUCUGGGGGUGGCAUUUGUGGUAAUGUUGGGAGUGUGGCUUUACAAAUACCAAAAGGGGUUCGCGUGGACGGAGAAUCCCCAGGUCGAGUUCAACUACCACCCUCUCUUCAUGGUGAUGGGGCUGGUGUUUAUGUAUGGAGAGGGUAUUCUGGUGUACAGGGUGUUCCGAAAUCAAAAGAAGAUCUACACCAAAGUGGUCCACGCCUCCGUGCAGGCCAUUGCCGUCAUCUUCAUCAUAGUGGGGCUGAAGGCGGUAUUUGACUCCCACAACCUGGUCCAGUACAAUUUUAUUGCCAACCUGUACAGUAUUCACAGCUGGCUAGGGCUAGCGACCAUUAUACUGUUUGGGUUGCAGUAUAUAUUUGGCUUCGUGGCUUUUAUGUAUCCCAAGUUGGGCCAAAAUGGCCGCGAGAUGCUGAUGCCUCUACAUCGGUACUGGGGCGUUGCCGUGUAUGGGUUGGCUAUAGCCACAUCACUGAUGGGAAUGGUGGAGAAAAUCAUAUUUAGUGUGGAAGACUACAGCAAGAAAGGCAAAGAGGCGGUCCUGGUGAACUUCAUUUGCUUGGUAAUGGUAUCUGCAGGACUGUGUGUGGUAUAUUUAGUCUGCAGGCCAGAGUACAAACGGAUCCCACUGCCGGAAGAACAGGCAGUGAACGAAAAGUAGACAGACGGAAAAAGACGAUGGCAUUCGGAACUCCUCGGGUUGUUCCGCUCCUCGGUAAUCUUCGGAACUACCCGUGGUUGACCGAACGAAACAGAACCUCGGUGUGGCGUGACUCGAACAUCACGUGAUUGGACCUUAGUACAAAGAAUUUUCUAUCAGUCUUUGAAUAUAAACAUUAUUCCAAUGAAGGGAGAUGAUUUUAUUUCCAAAUUGAGACAUUUCACUGAAUGGUGAUGGUAGGCCUUUCAACGUCUUUCACUUAUUGCAACAAUAGGAAAAGCUAUGGUUUGAUUAUUUAUCCUUUUGUUUUAAACAAAAAUGGCAGAAAUUGACGUCAUCGCUGAUGUUACCUCAUGAAAAAUCAUGAAGAGCAUACUUUAAUUUAAACAUAAUACCAAUAAAUUAGUGUUUUAU